UCCGGGCACUUGCCCUUCCCGAGCCGGCGUCGGCGGUGGAGUGCGCAGGCGCGGCCUUCGGGUUUCCCCGGCUACAGUCGGCGCUUCGGCCCGCUAGUCCGCCGCCGGCUCUUCCGCCGCCCUGCGCCAUGGCGGGCUGCGCGGCGCGGGUUCCGCCGGGCUCCGAGGCGCGCCUCAGCCUCGCUACCUUCCUCUUGGGCGCCUCGGUGCUCGCUCUGCCGCUGCUCACGCGCGCCGGCCUGCAGGGCCGCACCGGGCUGGCUCUCUACGUGGCCGGACUCAACGCGCUGCUGCUGCUGCUCUACCGGCCGCCGCGCUACCAGAUAGCCAUCAGAGCUUGUUUCCUUGGCUUUGUGUUUGGCUGUGGUGUGCUGCUAAGUUUCAGCCAGUCCUCUUGGAAUCACUUUGGCUGGUACGUGUGCUCGCUGUCUCUGUUCCACUAUUCUGAGUACUUAGUGACAGCUGUCAAUAAUCCCAAAAGUCUGUCCUUGGACUCCUUCCUUCUGAAUCACAGUCUGGAGUACACGGUAGCCGCCCUGUCUUCUUGGAUAGAGUUCACGCUUGAGAACAUCUUUUGGCCAGAACUGAAGCAGAUUACCUGGCUGAGUGCCACUGGGCUACUGAUGGUGGUCUUCGGAGAAUGCCUGAGGAAAGCUGCCAUGUUUACGGCUGGCUCCAACUUUAACCAUGUGGUGCAGAGUGAAAAGUCAGACACCCACACUCUGGUGACAAGUGGGGUGUAUGCUUGGUGCCGGCACCCCUCCUAUGUGGGCUGGUUUUACUGGAGUAUCGGAACCCAGGUGAUGCUGUGUAAUCCCAUCUGUGGCGUGGUCUAUGCCCUGACGGUGUGGCGCUUCUUCCGAGAUCGCACAGAAGAGGAGGAGAUCUCGCUGAUUCACUUUUUUGGGGAAGAAUACUUGGAUUAUAAAAAGAGGGUGCCCACAGGCCUGCCUUUCAUAAAGGGGGUCAAGGUGGAGCUAUGACGGGGUGAGGCCCCGUGUGACCGGGGAACCUCUGGCCCUGCGCAGCCUAGGACAAAACUGUUUCAAGUUGGGCACUGCAGAGUGAGUUUUCUUAAUUGUUUUAUAUGUAACUAAUUACUCCUCAGACCGUCACCCAGGACCUAAUGUUGAGAAGACCUUGGGUCCAAAGGAGCCACGGCAGCGUCUCCUGCACUGAAGUCAGGUGGAGCAAGGAGUGUGUCAAGGCGGCUGUCAGCACUCUUCCACUGUGGCAGGGUGAUGACCCUAUGCCCCCUCAGGCCAGAGUGUGUUUGCACGGUGACCAGGAUGCUCGGGAGGGGUGGGCACUGCCCUUUGCAGCACUCAGCCCACUGGAGGUGUGGUCAGAGUUGCCGUGCUGAAUAUCAGCAUUGGAAAUGCUUUCAUUUAACCCACAGCACAACCCAGCUUUAACCUUCGUCCGCCCAUAACUGCAUGAGCAUCUGCGUUAACUCUGGAGACUCCUGCCCUCGGCUCAUCACGCAUUUAAUCAUAUUUACACACCAAUUUUAUAAAAAUAGCAGUGUAGAUUCCAAGGACACUGAGCCUCCAUGCCCGGGAGUUUCUAAGUCCAACUUUUACAUGGCAACAGGUAGCACAGACCCUCAGGUGCUCUGCAGCUUUGGAGUAGCCAUUGAACCUGGGCUGAGGAUGGGGGCCCCGGGUUCUUCCCAGGCCCUGGCCUUGGCUCAGCUGUACCCCUAGGAAGUAAUGUCCGUGCUCAUUCUGAGAAAUGCUGCCCUCUGUGUGUUCGGGAUUGUUCUUAUUUAUCAUAGCUGUGAUUUUUGUUUCUGUGUUGCAAUGAGUCUGUCAACUUAGUUUCCUGUGUUUUUUCAAAGUAAGCCACCCUCCUGCUGCAGCAGAUGUUUUCCAGAAGGUUCCAGCACAGCUCAUGCAUCUGCAGCCUGAGGCACAUUAACCCUCAGCAGUCCACAGCAGAGGGGCCUCGUUGAGUUUCCGUAGCAUCUUUGUUCUGCUGGUCUGGAAGAACCUUUGGCUUUCUCUGUGUUGAGCACAAAAGCUUUAAGAGGUGUAGCUCUUAAUUAAUCCUGGACUGGACAAGAGCCUGGUCCUGCUGUGAGGCCCUUCCAGAUUUAGUUUGGUUUGUUGUCCUUGGUCAGCACCACUGCAGGUCCUACUUUGAGAUGUAGAAGUCUUAGUCUGCCAUGCAUGAGCACGGAGUCAUGGGUGGAGAAUCCAAUGGGAAAAUCCUGAGUGUCUCAGGUCACACCCAGCUCUGAUAAAGGCGUGCUGUGCUGCGAGGCAGAAUGGAUCGGUGUACCUCGCCUUCCCUGCCAGCUCCAGCAGAAUCCAGAUCAGCCUGCAUAGUGCUCUGUGCUGCAGCCAAGUCCUCUCAGACUUGAGAAAACCCUUUUCCUUCUCCCCUGUUCCACUGAGCAGACACUGCUGGGUUGCAAGUUUAGUGCUCCUGGCCUUCAGACAUGUGGUCACCCUUGAGUACAGCUCCCGUCCUCCUCAGAAGACCUCCUGCCUUCACAAGCACACCACUGCACAGCAGCACACCUGGUACAUCAGGCCAGACAAGCCCAGGUCUCCAGCAGGGUACCAAAGCGGGCUUGGUAAUUAAUGCCAAGCUGGAAUUCAGCAGAACAUAAGUGCUCAUGAGUUCUGACUUAGGGCUUCAUGUUGGCAGUGGCAGCAUUGGCAUCUUCAGGAACAAUGUGACAGUUGUACCCCGAUGGGGGGAUGCUGACUUUGGCCACUCACAGUUGGCUGGCUGAAGCAGGACUCCUGUGCCACACACAGCAAACUGCUGCUGCUGCUGGGCUUUCCCAGCAGAGCUGCUGGGUCUGCAGAUCUGUUCCACCAGUACUCAGAGGUCCCUGCGAAGGAAGCUGGGAUGGAGGGUGUGGCUCUGGCCAAGAGGAUGGUGAAGGUUAAUGUCAGUGAGUGCUCAACAUUGAGAUACCUUAGGACCUUGUCAGGCUGGAGAGAACAGGCAAGUGGCUGGUUCUGUGUUGUCAUGCAGCCAGAGUUGACAGAACCUCGGGGGCUGGGUAAAGGAGGAAUUCUAGCUUAUUCUUGACAUAAUAGACAGGCAUUCUAUCAGCAGGGAGGUGACCCCAGUGCCAGUUCCUCCACCAAAACGCGUGAGAUUCCAGAAGCCUCAAAGACCUGUGCCCUGGUUUGUAGUAAGCCAGGGAAGGCUCCAGGAGAGCCUCGAGCCAGUCCAGCUGGAAGUGUUCCUCGGGCCACCCGGCCCAUCACUGCUGCAGCCAGGACCCCACGACCACUUCCAAACUGCAGUGGUGCUGACCAAGGGUGAAAGUGGGGAUGUGGCCAGAGCACUGCUAAUUACCACACCCUCCUGUGCUUGGGCCCUCCCAUCAGGGUCAGGAUGGCCUCCCUCACAGGGGUGUUGUGGGAAGAUGAGCUGGGUGGCAUAAUGAAAUCUUAGGACAAGAACCAGGUGCCUGUGUGUUAGAAAGCAGUGUGUGCUAACAUGUGUCCAAAAAAACAUUCUGCCAGCUUGCAAGUAAUUUAUUUUUAGAUUUUAUGGCUUAAUUUUGUUGUUGUUCUAUAUACCAAAGAGGCUUACGGGUUUGCCAGUUAGCGUGUGAGGCCAGUUAGUUGGCUCGGAAGCUGCCAGCCUUCAGGACCUGAGGCUUGCAGAGCUCCGUGGCAGCCAUGGCUGUUGUCCACACCAGACUGCCCAGGAAUAAGUAUGGUGAUAUGAGUGGAGACAGUCCACACUUCCCAGAGCCAGCCCCACUCGCUAGGCUGCAAACGGGGGGAAAUGGAUUUGUGACAUCAUCCCCAGCUCUUUAUCAGUGCAUCUAAGCUGGGCUGGCUCCAGCCUCCCAUUCCCCUUGAGGGCCAGGAAGUUGUCUUUUUGAUGGAUGGGGAGUGGCUAAUGGCAGCCCUUGGCAUUGUGGACGGUAAGGCAAAAUGUUGGCUUUGGAUGUUACCCUCCACCUGCCAGAGGCCAGAGAGAGGGAGCCCAGGCCUUGGGACUCCUGGUGAGGUGCUGGAUUGCACCCUAGGAGACAGGAGGCUGCAUUCUUUAAAGAGCGUCCCAGGGAUGCGGGUGGAGGAAGACCGGGCCACCCUUCUGACAUUCCUAGGAUGGCAGUCGGCAAUCCACUGGGGACUAUGAGUGUCAUGCGGCAGGAUCUGGCAGGUGGCUGGUUUCUGCUGCCGUGAGCUGGGGAUUAUUUUACCUCUAUGGAUGUAGCCGUAACCGGGGGCAGCAGAAUUGGCUUGCCGAGGCUUUUCAGGUAUUAUAAGGGCAGCAGUGUCCUAGGGUUUCCACAGAUGGAGGAGUUGUCAGGAGAUUGGUUUGUCUGCUUGCAGGCUUCGGAGUGGAGGUUUCUGUGUGGAAAGCGGGUACCUUACAGAAAAUAGGCGACUUGGCAGUCAUGGGGCAGGAAGCAUUCAGGAGGCCCUGUGGCUGCUACAAACCGGUGUGGCAGGGCAGAAAGCUUAACAGCAGUGUCCUUGGUGGGAGCUGCUGCUUGGACCUAGGGUGUCUGUCGCCUUACCCUUACCGAUUCUUCCCACUUAGUUGCUAACUUGGGGCCGGCCACUCAGCCUGAGGGCUCAGCCAAAGCUCCCGGGUUGCCUCCUGCAUUCUCCCCUGCCUUAGGUAUCUGCUGCGGCAAGGUAGAGCCCUCAGCCUCCCGAUGGGCAGGCCAGGCAGCUGCGUGGCUGUGGGGCUUGUCCUGAGAGGAAGCAGCUUGUCUGACCCACUGCAAGGAGGACUGUGGAGUAAUCACUGUAUUAUUCUUUUUACAUACAGAAAUGUUUAUUUAAAUAUAUUAAAUGGGAUUUUCUUUCACA